AUGAAUAAUGCUUUGAAAAAGAAAUACGGAAAUAAACCGACUAACAGAGCAAAAAUAGUGCAAAAAUUGAUUAAUUUGCCAGCAGCAAAGAAUGAUGCUGAUAGCUGUAUGAACACAUUCGACAAAAUUCGAAUGCUCAUGAAUCAAAUGGUCUCUGCAGGCCAAAAUAUACCACAAAUGCAAGAUGCGAUGUGGACAGAGAAAAUUUUGGAGAAAUUUCCUUACACUAUAGUGAAAAACGUUCUUGUUACAAUUCAAGAUCAAGAUGAAGUGAAAAUAGAAGAUGUUAUGGAUCAUCUUGAAAAGGAGAUUAAUGCAAAAAAAAACAUCAAAAGUGGGGAGGGGGAAAGAGGGACUCGCACCAGCCGGGUGGCAUGGCCGAGGAGACGAGACUGCUGUCUCGCUGGCGGACUGCCUCUGACAACACCUGAUGGCAGUGCUGAAUUGGUCUGCAAAACUAUCGGUGGCGUAAGAUAUGGUGGUUGGCAAUUGAUGGACGAUAUCACUCCAAGUGAUUGGAUGUCUUCCAUAUGCAACGAAAAAUGGGCUGUAUCCUGUAGUGCCGUUUAUGGUGGUGUUAUAAGCAAAGACGAUAGGUUGGAGAAAGUCUGA